AUGGACGGCGGUACUACAGCUCCAGCGAAUCCACAUUCGCCGUCGGAAAAUAUUCUUGCCUACGCUUGCGUCGAUUCUGCCAUCCGCACGAUGAGUCUCCUCCGCGGGCUCCUUGAUGCGCCGAAAGUACCGAAACGCCUUCCUUACAUAGUAAACUCGGCGUUUGUGUCGGCGCUCGUCUUGGGCUUUGCGCAAUUUGGUGACCUAGACCGGGUCUUCCCUAUUGGCAAGAGUUUGGCUAUUGCGCAGAAGGUCCUGGCACUUUUUGGCCGGCAUGAUCCUGUCUCCAAGCGGUACGCUUCUAUCGUCACCGAUCUCCAGGCUGCGUGUGAAGCGUGCCUGGAGAAGCGUGCAAGGGGCAAGAUGGAACGGCAUUCGGUCCUUAUUGGCGGCCUGUUCGGCACAGUCGAAGACGCAACGGCCAAUCCAGCCGCCGCUGCCGUCGCCACCGCUGCCGCUGCUGCAGGAACCGAACGCCCGGAUGACGGCGAAAGCGCCGGGCGCUCAGCGGAGCCGUUCGCAGAUACGCCAGCAUCGUUGUCGCCGACACAACAACAGCGAAGUCAGCAAGACAGUCAGCAGCGCCAGCAGAAAAAACGACAUCAAGAGGUACAAAAUGUGCUGAAUUUGCAGAGAGGCAUCCCCGGAGUUCCUGGACCACAUAGUCUAUGCGACCUGAGUGCACCAGACAGCAACCCUCCCCAAAAUCGCGACAGCAAUGGACAAACGCCUAUGCCAGCACCAUUGCCGCAGAAGCAAAAUCCAGCGAUGUCGUCCAUACAACAGCAUUCGCCAAUGCCUCAUAUACCGUCCUACUCCGGCAUUGAUUUCACCCCACCAUUCACCGACGGCAACGACGAUUUUCUUGGCCUCGCAAGCGCGGCAGAGGCAGACGAUACGCUGGUCCGCCGGCACACAAACUCAAGUUAUGACAUGGACGACAACACACAGCAAUUGCUGCCGCAGAUGUCCGGUCUGCCCGACAUGAUCUUGGCCAUGUCCCCGCGCAUGAUUACUUUUGACUCGUUUGACAAGAACCUCCAGCUUUUCCCCACAAUGGAUACCACAGGUUUCUUGUAA